GGGAGGCGGGCGGCGGCAGGAGGGGGCGCUGCGGAGCCGGACGGGCGCGGCGCGGAGGAAGUGCCGUCUUCGCCGCCGCCGCCGCGCCGCGGGGCGGCCUCCGGCGCGGGCCACGAUGUCGUCCCGGUCGGGGCGCGACGACGCGGGGGCCGGGGGCGCGCGGCGGCCGCGGGAGCCGCCCGAGCAGGAGCUGCAGCGGCGCCGGGAGCAGAAGCGGCGGCGGCACGACGCGCAGCAGCUGCAGCAGCUCAAGCACCUGGAGUCCUUUUAUGAAAAACCUCCUCCUGGGCUUAUCAAGGAAGAUGAGACUAAGCCAGAAGACUGUAUACCAGACGUACCAGGCAAUGAACACGCCAGGGAAUUUCUGGCUCACGCCCCAACUAAAGGACUUUGGAUGCCCCUGGGGAAAGAAGUCAAAGUCAUGCAGUGUUGGCGUUGUAAACGGUAUGGUCACCGAACGGGCGACAAAGAAUGCCCUUUCUUUAUCAAAGGCAACCAAAAGUUAGAACAGUUCAGAGUAGCACAUGAAGAUCCUAUGUAUGACAUUAUACGAGAGAAUAAAAGACAUGAAAAGGAUAUAAGGAUACAGCAGUUAAAACAGUUACUGGAGGAUUCCACUUCAGAUGAAGAUGAGAGCAGCUCCAGUUCCUCAGAAGGUAAAGAGAAAAACAAGAAAAAGAAGAAGAAAGAAAAGCAUAAGAAAAAGAAGAAAGAAAAGAAAAGAAAGAAAAAACGAAAGCAUAAGUCUUCCAAAUCAAAUGAGAGUUCAGACUCGGACUAACAAGAACUUGACUUGUUCAACACUCUCUUCUCAAAGAUCAGAGGAAUGCGGAACGGGAGAGGAACGAGAGAGAGACAGCGAGAGACAGCGUGAGAGAAGGACGUUUCGUGUCACACGUGUGAAUUCCCACCUACCUUCCAGUAAGGACGUGACCCACAGGAGAGGAGCUCUACCUUCCUGGGUGUCAGCUCUGGAAAGCGGCUGAUUCCAGGCAGGACAGCUUUUCUCAGUGUCCUCCCUGCAGAUCACUGCGAUUUGUGAUUCCUCAGAAAUGCCUGUGCCAGGGCAGCCAGACGAAGGGAAUCUCUGAGGAAGCUCCCCAAGAUGCUGCCGCAGCUUCCACCCUCCAGAGUGGGGCCACUUAAUUCCCAUUGACUUCAGCCUUGACUUUCUCUGUUGAGAACAAUAAAAGCUGAUUAUUUUUAAAAUGUA